GCAGGGCCGAGAACUGCGGAGACCCGGUUAGAUCGGAUGGUACAGGGCACUUAGGCCUGCAGGGCACUCACUACAAGGGAUACAGGGAUACAGGGAGAGGGCAGAACUGACAGUGCUUGGCGAAAGCUUGAGUCUUUGACCACGCGGCGUCUAAACAACCUUGACCCAGAACCUUGACCUCCACUAUAACCUUGACCUUGGUUUGGUGGGUGUUAUGACGAAACGGAAUACGAUGUGGGUUCGUAUGACCCAGUCCAACAGUCCCUCUCGUAUAUCAUUCAAGCUUUGGCCGCUUAACUUUCUCCUUCAUCUCAACACCACAGCACUGCACUGCACUACGGCUUCAUGAUAUCACCAUGCGGUCUCACAACCACUUGCUGCGCGGCGUGCUAACGUUCGUGGCCAUCUUGACCUUCUGCAUUAUUCUCACAACAAUAUUUCACAUCAAAAUAUCAGACGGUCUCUCACUCACACCAGUCCAAGAACGGCCUUUCUUUUACGAGGAGCAACCCCCACCUGAAGAAUCCAACCGCUCCAAGCCCCCACAGAAGACAUCACCAAAGGAGCCUUUCCAUCGACGACCCCAACACAAAGACGACGACGAUAAGAAGAAGGAUCAAUCGAAUACUCAAGAUGACUACUACGAUCUCCGCCUCGACCGUGGCGACGACGCUGAGGAUAAACCAUAUGUCGACUAUCAUCUCUUGACCAGUCUACGGAACAACAUGGGCUUUUAUAACAAGAUCGAUGCGAGAAAGACUGGCCACAAGCUUUUCAAUCCAACGAUACUCGAACUGCCUCGUGAUGCUAAUACCACUCACGACUUUCUCGUCAUCGCGCGCACGACACAUGUCGCAAAGGAAAUCAACGGCAAGAAGUACAAGAUCGCUCGUCAAGUCGCCACCUUUGCGAACCUCACCACCAAUUACCUUGGCCGACCGGUCAUCAGAACCGGUGAAUGGUCUACAAUGCUGCUGGAAGACUUCGGUGGACCGGAACAUCACUGCAAGAGACAGCCCGACAUGGAUAAGUACGUCGGCCCAGAAGACAUGAAGCUAUUCUGGACUCGCGCCGGCGAGCCUCUUCUCAUUUUCACUCACCAAGUCAACGAUGAGACAAUGUGCCAAGGCCAGUUCCUCAUUGACGUGCGCGCCGCCCUCCCUGAGCUGGAACAAGCCCUCGGUCCCAACUUUGCAGCCCGCCUACCCUCAAUCCGCUUCGCCGAACCAACACUCCUCGCUCGCGAACCAGCACCAGGCGAAGAAAAUCACCCUCGAUACCAGCGCGAGAAGAACUGGGCGCUAGCUCAAUCCCCCUUUAGUCCAGACUCCGAGCUUUUGAUGAUGGUUGAGCCGGGACAAUUAUUCCGUUGGAAAUCCGCCGAGGAGCCCGUUGAGCCCAUCGUCGCUGCUGACGACCAGGAAUCGGCUGUUGAAGAACCAUACCCGCCAACUGCAAAGCCGGGGAAGACCUGGCACGGAAAGAAGAGAAAGACAUGUAUCCACGAUGUCAUGCUCGACGAUAGCCACGUCCACCAGAGCUCGCCUAUGCUGAGUGUCACAAUGUGCAACCGCGGAGCAUGCGAACCCGAUGAGCAAAACACCGUUCUCAUGGGCAUCGUGCAGCGCCGACAAGACUUCCCGGGCGCUUCGUUUACGUGGUAUGACCGCCGGAUAGCAGUGUACGAAUCAGCAGCGCCAUACCGCAUGAUCAGCGUCGGCAAGAAGCUCACGUACCACGGAGAAUCGGACCUCAGCUAUUCCUGGACAGGCUCCAUGUCGUACUACACAAACCAGACCGAGUUCCCACCGUCGAACCACGGAUAUCUCGACGACGAGGUAUGGCUGGGCUUUGGCGUCAAGGAUGCAGCCGCUGGGUGGCUGGACGUCCGGGCCAAGGAUCUCAUUGCAGAUCAUUACAUGUGUCAGGGGGCAUCGGUGGAAUACAAGUAUUAUAGACAGGGUAUUUCGGCAUAGCGCGGUGUGUAUUUUUGGGUUGGCGUUAGGGGAGGGGACUAGACUACAGAUACUGCUUCUCUUUGUUCUUUUGACCAGAGAUAAUUCGAUACCAAAUUUUAUUAUUGUGAUAAUCAUGAAUAUUCUGUGUCGGUUGUUUGAUGUUUGUCAGACUAUUGAUUGACAGAUUUUGUUAGUGUCGGUCAAUUGCCGAAACAGGUUUAGGCAUAAGGGGUAAACGAAGCGGUAGUUGAUGCAAUACGAGAAUUUCAAAUGGAGACAGCCCAAAGAAUGAUAUGAUGUGUUUGCGCCUAAC